CCAAGUCACACAGAGCCACGGAAUCUCACAGGUGUCUGAGAAUUCCUCCUCCUGGGACUCUCUCUCAGAUGAUCUAGAACUGCAGCCCAUCCUCACUGGGCUGUCCCUGUCCAUGUACCUGGUCACAGUGCUGAGGAACCUGCUCAUCAUCCUGGCUGUCAGCUCUGACUCCCACCUCCACACACCCAUUUGCUUUUUCCUCUCCAGCCUGUGCUGGGCUGACAUCGCUUUCACCUUGGCCAUGGUUCCCAAGAUGUUUGUUGACAUGCAGUCGCAUAGCAGAGUCAUCUCUUUUGCGGGCUGCCUGACACAGAUGUCUUUCUUUGUCCUUUUCACAUGUAUAGAAGACAUGCUUCUGACUCUGAAGGCCUAUGAUGGAUUUGUGGCCAUCUGUCGCCCUCUGCACUGUCCAGUCAUCGUGAAUCCUCACCUCUGUGUCUUCUUAGUUUUGGUGUCCUUUUUCCUUAGCCUGUUGGAUUCCCAGCUGCACAGUUGGAUUGUGUUACAAUUCACCUUCUUCAAGAAUGUGGAAAUCUCUAAUUUUGUCUGUGAGCCAUCUCAACUUCUCAACCUUGCCUGUUCUGACAGCGUCAUCAAUAGCAUACUGAUAUAUUCGCAUAGUACUAUAUUUGGUUUUCAUCCCAUUUCAGGGAUCCUUUUGUCUUCCUAUAAAAUUGUCCCCUCCAUUCUAAGGAUUUUGUCAUCAGAUGGGAAGUCUAAAGCCUUCUCCACCUGUGGCUCUCACCUGGCAGUUGUUUGCUUAUUUUAUGGAACAGGCAUUGGCGUGUACCUGACUUCAGCUGUGGCACCGCCCCCCAGGAAUUGUGUGGUGGCAUCAGUGAUGUACACUCUGGUCACCCCCAUGCUGAACCCUCUCAUCUACUGCCUGAGAAACAGGGACAUUCAAAGUGUCCUGUGGAGGCUGCGCAGCAGAACAGUCGAAUCUCAUGAUCUGUUCCAUCCUUUUUCUUGUGUGGGUAAGAAAGGACAACCACAUUAA